AGUUCAGUGAUAACAUUGUCUGCCCAUUAACCCUAACUUACAAUCGUUCUCCCGCGCGCCGCAGCAACUCGUUUGUCUCUUCUUCUCGGCUCUCCUUCCUCUCUUGGGUACACCUGAUGAGUAACUCGGCGACGGCAGCUCCUCCUCAACCGUCGAAGGUGAGCCAGCAAACAGUGGAAAAAGCCAUUAACGCACUCCUCAAAUGGAGAGAUUCAAAAUCCAAGACUCAAAAGCCUCAACUCCUAGAGCAAGACGAUUUCAUCUAUCUAAUAGUUACCCUUAAGAAAAUCCCUCAGAAAGGUCGCACUAAUCCCCAUAAAAUCCUCCUCCCUCAUCCCUUUAUCAAUCCCAUUGAAGACGCGCCCGAGUUCUGCCUCAUCAUCGAUGAUCGCUCCAAGUCUCGGGUUUCAAAAGAUGUCGCCACUAAGAAAAUCAAAGCCGAAAAUAUACCGAUAAGCAAAGUCCUCAAGCUUUCGAAGUUAAUGACUGAUUAUCGUCCCUUCGAAGCUAAAAGGAAGCUUUGCGACUCUUAUGAUGUUUUCUUUGCAGACAAGGGAGUGAUUCCGCUUUUGCCUAGGUUAUUGGGGAAGCAAUUUUUCAAGAAGAAGAAGAUUCCUUUGCCUGUCGAUUUGAAGCAUAAGAACUGGAAGGAGCAGAUUGACAGGGCUUGCUCGUCUUGUCUCUUGUACUUGAGGACUGGUACUUGCUCAGUAGUCAAGGUAGGGAAGGUCUCUAUGGGAGCCAAGGACGUAAUGGAAAAUGUCAUGGCAGCCAUCAAUGGGAUUGCGGAGAUUGUGCCCAGCAAAUGGGGUAAUAUCCGAUCUUUUCAUUUGAAGCUGCUUGAGAGCCUCGCCUUGCCGAUUUAUCAGACUGUGCCUGAUUUGAGGCUGAAGAUUGAGGUUCCUACUAAAGAGGAAAGCAAACAAGGGGAAACUGCUAAAGAGACCUUGAAGGAUGAUGAUAAGAUGGAUGACAGUUUAUCCAACAAGAUGCUAAAGAAGAAAGGGAGGAUACACGAGAUUCGAUAUAUGGAUAGUAAUAUAUCUGAGAUACCCGAUGAAGAUGAAUUCGGGGAUGAAGGUGAAGCUACUGAAAAUGAUGCAAUGGAUAGUGCUGAAACCAAGGCUAAGAGGAGGAAGGGAGAUAAAGUGAAAAAUGCGAAACCGUUGAAGAAGAUGGCUAAAGUGAAGAAAGGGGAUGAAGAUGGACUGGAGCAAAAGAAGAAAGUUGAAAGGGGAAGCGAUUCUGGUGGGAAGGAGAAAAAGAAGAAGGUAAGUAAGAACUUGAUUGGCAACACGAGAAGUAAGAAGAGGCUGGCAACAGAAUAGUUUCUUAUACUUUGCUAGGUUGCUGAAACUUAUGGGAGAGGGUUUUAAGAGUGACUUCACCGCUUGUUGGGCAUUUGAUUUAUCAAAUACGUUUCGUUUGUCCUAUAGCGGAUUUUGUUAUCUGGUUUUGAUUUAGGUUGUGGUUAUUGCAAUCUAUGUUUUGAUCCAUUUUACUAUUUCUUGAAGUAUGUUAAAAUUAUUAGCUAAUGGCAUUGCAGAAUAUAUGAUAUUGUUUGCAAUUAGACGCUA